AUGGGAGAUCACGAAGAACACCCAGUUGUACCAAUAGCACCAAUGGCACCUCUUGUGCCCAAGGCGGUUCUUUAUGAUUGGGCACAACCCGCAGCUGAAAAUUUGGCCACCUCAAUUUUAGUCCCGCAGAUACAAGGUGAAUCAUUCCAAAUCACAAAUAACAUGCUGCAUUUGUUGCAAAACACGGGGCUAUUUUCGGGGUCACAAGUCAAAGAUCCUCAACAGCACUUGAAAAUUUUUCGAUCAAUCUGCAAGUCCCAAAGACAGCCCAAUAUAACUCCAGAAGCAAUCAAGUUGCUAUUGUUCCCAUUCUCAGUGAUCGGAGCUGCCCAAACCUGUCAGGCAAUUCGUGAACAAGUUCCACCCCCCAACAAAACCGCGCAACAGAUUGAUGACAUUUUGAGUUUUAAACAGAGGCCAAUGGAAUCAUUGCAUGAAACAUGGGAGAGUUUUAAAGGGAUGCUGGUCAUAUGUCCGCACCAUGGCAUUCCAAAUUUGAUGUCCGCACCAUGGCAUUCCAAUUUGAUGUUGGGACAACGGUUCUACAUAAGAUUGUCAGACAACGUGAAGAACAUUGUUGAUGCUUCAGCGGGUGGAGCAUUCUUGAGUAAAACAUGGAGAGAAGGUCAAGGUCUGCUUGACAAGAUGAUACAGAAUUCAGGAUGGAUAACCAAAAAUGCACCUAUCACUCCAGUGGUGCACUCAGUGCCUUUAGAUCCAUCCAAUUCAAUGGCUGAAAAUAUGGCCACUUUAUUGUCACAAAUGAGCAUACUCACCAAAAGGGUGCAAGAGUCAGGGCAAAAACAGCAGGUACAUAUUGUAGAUACUACUAAUGGGGGCUUGUCCACAUCUUGCAUUAGUCAGCCAAUCGGUAAUCAGUGGCCUACAGGACACGAUCAUCAGCACUACCCUGAAGAUAUGAACUAUAUGUCUAAUUAUGGAGGCCAGAGACAGGGUGGUCAGAAUUGGGGUCAGCAAAAUCAGCAAUACAGGCCAGCCCAAUCACAGUUCAACAGUGGAAACAUGGGAGAGUUGGAUGAAUCAAUGAAACUAACAGAAGUGACAGCCCAGCCUGCCCAGGAAGAAGGUAACAUUCAAAUUGAGACCGAGAAAGAAGCUGAAAUAGUACAGAAACCAGUGGUUGAUGUAGCGGCUGAUAAAUAUCAAUCCCAAAUAAUUGGGAAGAAGAGACCUUCUGCACCCUUCCCUCAGAGGCUUGCUAAGUACCAAAAAGAGGAGCAAUACAAGAAGUUCUUGGAAAUGCUAAAACAAAUCUAG